CAUAAUAUGUUUCUCCUUAAUUUUUUUCCAUUAUACUCACAGUAAUAGCACGAAAAUAUUAACUUGACUACGAACAGUGCUUUUGUGAACACAAUCAAUAAUCAGUUUGUUGCUUCAAAAUUAAAGAUUUUGUCUAUUUUGCAAGAGUAAAAGACAUUUUUAUUUAUUUUUAGUGUAUUUAUUACUGUACAAGAAUCAGCGAGAGUAUUAAUCAAUUGCAGAUACAUAUAUAUCUUUAAUUUUUUUAUAAACGUUGCGAAAAAUUUGGUAAAAUCCGGUAAAGUCAUGGAUGGACGAGUAAGAGUUAUAAGCAAAUAUUAUGCUGAUUUCGAAUAUAAGUUUGCUACUAGAGUACAAGUACUAACAACACUAAUUAAUUUAUCCAAUGGAAUAAAAAAUAAGGGUAUUAAAAAUUUGUCAGAAAGAUUCUUUGAAACAGCAACUAUAAUAGAAGCAAACUUAUUUUAUUUUGUAUCUAUUUGUAAACAUGUAGAUGUAGUCACUGCUAUCGUCGAAUAUUUAAAUUAUUAUGGUGCCCAAUUUAUGUUUAAGGAAGACUAUGAAAAGGCAGAGUAUGCACAUAAGGAACAUUAUAUACCUAUGUCAUUAAUGCUUACAGUUUUCAGUAUGUUUAUUUUUGGAACGUGCUAUCAUGUAACUAUUUAUUAA